CAGUUAGUGGUUGACAAGAUGUCCGGUCGGGGCAAAGGUGGUAAGGGGCUGGGGAAAGGCGGCGCUAAACGCCAUAGGAAGGUGCUGCGGGAUAACAUCCAGGGCAUCACCAAGCCUGCCAUCCGUCGCUUGGCUCGCCGUGGAGGAGUCAAGCGCAUUUCCGGGCUGAUCUACGAGGAGACCCGCGGGGUGCUCAAGGUUUUCCUGGAGAACGUCAUCCGGGACGCCGUUACCUAUACGGAGCACGCCAAGAGGAAGACCGUUACUGCCAUGGACGUCGUUUACGCUCUGAAGCGUCAAGGCCGCACCCUCUACGGCUUCGGCGGUUGAGUCUGACUUGAAGCCCCUUUCAACAACCCAAACGGUCCUUUUCAGGACCACCCA